AUGCGGGCCAGCAGCAAGCAGCAGCAGCAGCAGCAUCAACAACAGCAGCGGCAGGACCGGCGGCGGCAACAGCGCUGGUCUCAGCACCACCCACCAAGCCCCCCUCGCAGCAUCCCCGAGGGGCUCCUGGGGCUGCGGAAGGGAAAGCUGGGGCGCAACAACAACCAGGGGCCAAUCUUCUUUCUCUCUCUCUUUUUAAGAGUGGCUUAUUACACUAAACAGAAGAAAGAGCCAAUCUCCUCAAACAUCGUGACCCCAAUUGCCUAUGCCCCAUCUUAUUCACCGCCUUUCCUCUCUCUGGCCCCUCUGCUUCUCACCUCGGAGGCUCUAGCCCCACCUUGUUCCCCCGUAGGUAGGCAGGGAACCAGCGCUCUAGAAGCAGGGGAGUGGGGGAUUCCCCUCCUUUCUACGUCUCCUUCUCCUCUCCGCCCCCCGCCCUUCCUGCGUUGCUGCGCUUCCUGGGCCACUGGGUUUGGACUACUGCAGCAGCUGCUGUUCUGCUGUGUCAUGGAAGGAGGCAGCGGGCAGUGGCUGGAGCACAAGGGGGAGGAGGGGAGGAACCUGAUCUCCGGUACCGAGGGGCUGGAGGCAAACGCCCAGCUCCCACGGAGCCGCCUUAUAGCGGGGCAGGUGGCAGCCCUCCUACCCCGGGUGACACCCACCUCGGGGAUCAUGGACGUUCUGCUCACUUCACUAGCCCCAUUCAAAGCCUCUACAUCCUUCAAGCCCAGAUGAACAUUCAACUCCUCCUUGAAGUCCUUCCAGAUCUCUCCAGCCAACAAUGGACUCUCCAGCCAACAACGGACUCUGAACUCAUGACAUUUAUUUUGUGUCACACUGAUAUGGCAAUCCCUAGAUUCCAUUGAUGCCCACCUCAGCUCCCACCUGUUACAUGAAGCCUUUUCUGAUCAUCUCCCUCCUCAAAUCAUCUUAUAUUUUCCUCUCUGUUCAUGAGUUGUAUCCACCAGUUUAACAUAAACUCCUUGAGCAUCAGGGCUGUUUCAUUUUUAUCUUUGUAUUCUUAGCACUAAAC